GGGGCCGCCGGGCCGGGGCACAGCGAGGGCAGCGGCCGGAGCCGCCAUAACAACGGCGGGGCUGGGCCUGCAGCCCGGGGGUCGUUCCGGACCCAUCGCCGCGGGGACCCCGGCCCAGCCCGGCCCCGCAGCUCGGUCCCUGCUCCGGCGGCUGGAAACGAGCCCCAAGCCGUGAGCGAGCAGUCGGGCACGGAGCGCUGAGGGGACUUUAACCGCGAGCCUGUGGCGGUGGUGGUGGUGUUGUUUGUCCGCAGCAGCCCCGGGCCGGUGCCAGCGCCGCGGCUGUUUCCCCUCGGCAGCGCCGUGCCCGUGCCUUGAGGGAGGAGAAGACUGCGGCCCUGCAGGGAUGGUCAGAGAGCGGCUCCUCGGCUCUGCCUCUGCGCUGCUCUGACUCGAAAGAGUGGUGGUAACUCCACAGAAAAGUUAAAUGUCUUCAGAGGACAAGGAGGCUCAGGAGGAUGAGCUGCUGGCUCUGGCCAGCAUCUACGAUGAGGAUGAGUUCAAGAGAGCAGAGUCUGCCCAAGGAGGAGAAACAAGAAUUUGUUUGGAGUUGCCUCAAGACUUCAAAAUUUUUGUGAGGGGCAGUUCCACAGAGAGCCUCCAGAGCAGCAGGUUCGAGUAUUCCGUCUGCUUCCUGCCUCCCCUCGUGCUGAAUUUCGAGCUCCCACCUGACUACCCAUCGACCUCCCCACCUGUCUUCACCCUCAGUGGGAAAUGGCUCUCCCAGGCCCAGCUCAGUGCUCUUUGCAAACACUUGGACAAUGUGUGGGAAGAGAACCGAGGCUGUGUGGUCCUGUUUGCCUGGAUGCAGUUUCUGAAGGAAGAAACACUGAAUUACCUGAAUAUUUCAUCGCCAUAUGAGCUGAAAAUGUGCCCUCAGGGGAAGGGGCAGAGCCGGACACCAGUGGGGCCCCUCGAGGCUGGGAAGGACUGUGGGGGUGCCACAGGCUCUGCCACAGCUGAGGAGGAAAUCAUGGAUGCCAGGGCUGUGCAGGAUGUGGAGUCCUUGUCCAGUCUGAUCAGGGAGAUCUUGGACUUCGACCAGGCCCAGAGGAGAAAGUGCUUUAACAGUAAGAUGUACUCGUGCAGUAUCUGCUUCUGUGAGAAGCUGGGCAGUGAGUGCAUGCACUUCACCGAGUGCAGCCACGUGUACUGCAAAGCCUGCCUGAAGGACUACUUUGAAAUCCAGAUCAGGGAUGGCCAGGUGCACUGCCUCAACUGCCCCGAGCCCAAGUGUUCUUCUGUCGCCACUCCAGGCCAGGUGAAGGAGCUGGUUGGGGAGGAGCUGUUUGCCCGCUAUGACCGCCUGCUGCUGCAGUCCAGCCUGGACCUGAUGGCUGACGUGGUUUAUUGCCCGCGGCCCGGCUGCCAGACCCCCGUGAUGCAGGAGCCCGGCUGCACCAUGGGCAUCUGCUCCUGCUGCAACUACGCCUUCUGCACCCUCUGCAAGAUGACUUAUCACGGGGUGUCCCCCUGCAAGGUCACUGCAGAGAAACUAAUGGAUUUGAGAAAUGAGUAUUUAGAAGCAGAUGAGACAACUAAAAGAUUUUUGGAACAACGCUAUGGCAAGAGAGUGAUUCAGAAAGCCCUGGAGGAGAUGGAGAGUAAGGAAUGGCUGGAAAAGAACUCCAAGUCUUGUCCUUGCUGUGGGACCCACAUCGAGAAACUGGACGGCUGUAACAAGAUGACCUGCACAGGGUGCAUGCAGUACUUCUGCUGGCUCUGCAUGGGCUCCCUGUCCCGGGCCAACCCCUACAGGCACUUCAACGACCCCUCCUCCCCCUGCUUCAACAGAUUGUUUCAAGCCAUGCACAUCGAUGAUGGGGAGUUCUGGGAAGUGGAAGAUGAUGAUCAGUAGCUUCCUCCAGCAGCAAAAGGUGAACAAGCCAGAGACAGAUGCUUUUUGUGUCCUUUGUUUGCUUUUCACUUCCAUUGUGUGAUACAAGAGUGGUAACUGCCCUGCACUGCAGGACACUCACACCUCAGAGCCUGCUGCCAAAACCAAAGGAGACUUUUCCCUAUCCUGGGAUCAGGAGCAUCAUGGAAUACCCAAACAAACAUGUUCAUUAGUUAAGAAGUCAGAAAUUGGAAAACCAUUGGAAAAAUACACACUUUUUUAAAAGCCAACAGACAAAACUGAAGCCUCAAGUCCUGGAAGUAUUUGGGGGUUUCCUUUAGGGAGACUGACCCUUGCAGACCCUUGGAUCCCCUUGGAUCAUGAAUCUUGUGGGUUUGGGGUGGUUUGGUGGAGCUGUAGUGCUCCCUCUGGAGCUGCUCGGAUGGGGGGAGUUUUCUGAUGCAAUACAGAAAAUUUCGUUUGUGUUCAGCAACAAAGUUUGUUGCUUUUCUGAAUUUCCUGAUGUGCAUCUCUGCAAAGCAGCUCCUGGCUCUGUCACUGGUACUUUGUAAUGACAUUAAAGCUGAUUAUCCCCAACCCUUCUUGCUGGCUGCUGUGCCUGAGCCUUUGCAUCCCUGAGGGCUUGGGCAGAAAAUGACCAACAGCCAUUUCCAGGGAUUUCUGUGAGGUUGGUGACUCCCAGUGUUGCUGUUGGAUUCCCUCACGUUGCCUGUCCUUGUUUUGGCAGGGAUGAGUGCCAAGGCAGUGAGCUGAAUAUGUGACCAGUGAGAGGGUAAAAAGUAUCAAGAAGAGAUGAACUUGAAUUCUUCAAGAUACUGACAAUUACCUUGUGUUCUCAGAUGAUGAAGUAAUUUAUUUUUUACUAACUCUUCAUAUACAAAAUUUGAGUAUUGAUACUUUUGCUUCUGGACUAGAUCCUUUAUUUCCACUGGUUUUGCACUUCAAGUUAUUCCAGAAACCAAAUUGUUUCCCCUAAAAUCUCAGCAAGUGGUUUUGUGAAUAUGAAGGUGAUUACUGGAAGGAACCACUAAUUUUUUACAAGUUCUUCCAUUUGCAGAACAGUCUAAAAGUUUAUUUGGAAACUAAAGCUGCAUGUGCUGUGUUCAAAAGCAGAAGGGCCUGGAUGGAAAACUCUGGAGCUGAGACUCCUCAGGAACUCAGGGUGAUCACAGCUCACUCAGUUCUGACUGACAGUUAAUAAAUUUAUCCUGGGA